AUGGCACGGGACCUUGAUUCGGACACACGUGUCCAGGCUUCAGCGCAGACGCAACCUUAUCACCGCCCACCUGUCCUCCAAGCCGUGCUCCCUUCAAUAAAGAAUCCGCUGUCCACUUUAACUACCAGAGCAAGCAUCUCGGGGGGGGCGGGGCCCCCCCCCCCCCCCAGCCGUGACAGGAUAUGGCUAGGCUCCUACGAAACCGCGGAGGAGGCCGCCAGGGCUUAUGACGCCGCCGUGUUCUGCCUGCGUGGCCCCUCUGCGGUGCUGAAUUUCCCUGAUGACCCACCCGACAUACUCUCCGCGGGCGAGCUUUCGCCUUCGCAGAUUCAGGUCGCGGCGUCGAAGCACGCCCGGAGGCUGGUGGCGGGAGCUCCGGUGACAGCCGGGGAGUUGAACCAACCGUUGGUGGGAGAUCUGUUCUUCGGGGAACAUCCGGAGCUGGGCUCUUCUUCUUUCGGGGAAUUUCAGGGUGGAGAGGGGUACUUGGCGGCGGAUGGGAGUGGGAAAGAUGGCGGAGCUGGUGACGGCGCCGCGGGCGGCGGUGUAUUCUUUGAUACAUCGCGUACGUGGAGUUUUUGA